AAUCCCCAGCUGGGUAAUCAUCAUCAACAUCAUUAUCUUCACAACCAUUCGCAGCCACAACAACAGCAACCACACAACUCAAAAAUGCCGGCUAGCAGCAACACAAACAAUCAAACCCAUAACUUUAAUAAUCAUGAAACAGCAACAACGGCUCCCAGCCAACAUCAUACCGGCUCACACAUGACUUCUCGUGGUCAUACCCAAUCAGUCUCAACAUCAAACUCAAACCAAACAAUGGGCCCUGGCUGCAAUACAACCACAGCCAGCCCAACACCGCACACAACCAAUGCCACACAACCGAAUAAAUUUGCGCCUGCACGUAGACUAGCUGCCCGACAAACUUUACGUUUGGCCAUACCCAAACAACAGGGUGACCUGUCGUUCACAAAUAAUCAAGCUGGUGUGGGAGGGGGAAUUUCACAAUUUCGUCACUCCUCACCAUCGCAACUGCCACCGGCUCCAAUCUUAAAACGUAACACAACUCCACACAUAAUGUCAUAUACAUCGUCCCCUUCGGGGUCCACCACCGCCACACCAUCCCACAUGCCACCGAAAUCAGCCUCACCUCUGGAGUCAACGAAUUUACCAAAUGUCAUGGAUAAUACCGGCUGUAGUGUGACCACGGCCACUCCAUCCACCGCCAAUAGUGCCAGUAGUGGACAAUUUUUGAGGCCUCGAAAUCCCAGCAUAACUUUGAAUUCAACGGAUCUGUGCAACAACAACGAUUUCUUUGCAUUCGCCAAGGAAAUGACGUCGCCAGCUGUAGGAGACCAUUCACCCAUAUUUGCAGAAAUCGCUUCAUCCAUAUCACCAUCGACAAGCUCUGCAUCUCCCUCGAAUCACUUAAAUCGUCUGUUUAGCAUGAGCCCCUCAACGCUGCGCAAUUAUGGAAAUAUGUCAGAUUUUUCGGAUAGUUCACAGAGCGGUGUCAUCAGUCCGGCCAGUUCGUUCAUUGAAAAUUUCCACAAGAAAAAUGGCACAGUUCCCGGCGGAGCCUCAUCGACAUCGUCGUCGGUCACAACAUCGCCAAGUAUUAGCAUACCCAGCACCAUUGGAGGUACCACAUCACCGUCCAUCAAUGGUGGGGGUGGUGGCAAUCAAAUAGCCAUAUCUGGUGGUGGUGGUGGCAGUACCAGUCGACAAAUAAAUGCCAGUUCCAGUAGUAGUGUUAAGGAAACAUCAUCCACAUCGUCAUCGCAACAGGUCGUUAACAGUAGCAGCAGUAGUAGUACAACCACACGCGUCGAAAAGAAGUCACGCCUGCAUCACAUCACCUCAUCAUCGUCCUCGUCCUCAUCAUCGACAUCCACAGAAAUGAAAGCAGCAGCAUUGAAACGUGAUAUGAGCGAAUUUAAGAAUUCCAUGUCGGAAAUCAAUGAUUUGGCCCUGGGCCGAAAUGCCUCACCCGCCCUGAGUGGGUCCACGGGGACCCUGAGUCAUCAUCAGCCGCCCUCCAUUAACGAUCUCAAUUCCCUAAAUAGUGCAGAUGCCAUAAAUAAGCUUAAGAAAAAGAUACGCUCCUCCUUGGAGAACAUUGUGGAUGGCAAUACCGAACCCAGUAUCACAUUUCCCGACGACAGUGAUGACAAUGAUAUGAAUCUAAAUAUGGAUUUGGUCAAGGCCUCCAAUCAAUUGUCCACCAAUGGUUUGAGCGGUUCCAAGGGCACCCUUGUCGAUACCGUCAAAUUCGAGGAAAAACGCACCAAAACCGAAUCGAAAACAAAAGUCAUUACCGAUGGUUUCAGUUCGGAACAGGCCACCAGUAAUUUGGCCGAGUCUAAACGUCUGCAGACCGGUGAUAUUGACUAUCAGCAGGCCAAGGCAGCAGCGGCGUCACGCAAUCGCAUGGAAAUGGAUGGUGUUAAGACGGAAGAGAAUGCCGCUGUUAUACAUGAAGCACUCUCCCUGCGCACCGGUGAUAUUACCCAACAGGCCAGCAACAAUGUGGCCGCCGCUAGUAUUAAGGUACAAAGUGACACCUUCUCUGCCGACAAGAAAGCCAUCUCCCAAUCCCAACAGUCCCAAACGAUGACCUCCAACGGCAUCAUCAGCCAAGAGAAACACAUGUCAUCCGCCGCCCAGGCCAACUAUACCAUGACCAGCAAAGGUGUCAGCAGCUCUGGCGGCAGUACCAUGAUCUCCUCCUCCUCACAAAUGUCCACAACGAAUGGCAGCUUCUUUAAACUGGCCGAUUUUAAGAUCGAUGAUUUGAUGUCCCUGUCCGCCAAUAGUGGCCAAAGGGAAAUCGAACAGGCCAUCAGCAAGUACUCGAACAUGUUAACCAACUGUGUUAGCACCCUGCAAGAGAAGAAGGCCGAUUCGGAGGCCACAUUGUUUUUGGAUAAAAUCAAUGAGGUCAUACGUCGAGCUUGGGCCGUACCCACCCACGGUCAUGAACUGGGCUAUAGUUUGUGUAACUCCUUGCGCAGCAGUGGUGGUCUGGAUCUAUUGAUGCGCAACUGUGUCCAAAGUGAUAUGCGCAUCAAAUUCUCCUCAGCCAAGUUGCUGGAGCAAUGUUUGACCACCGAAAAUCGCACCCAUGUUGUGGAAAAUGGCCUCGACAAGGUGGUAAAUGUGGCCUGUGUUUGCACCAAAAAUCAGAGCACCGAACACUCACGUGUGGGUACUGGCAUUUUGGAACAUCUCUUCAAACACUCGGAGGGCACAUGUUCGGAUGUCAUUAAGCUGGGCGGUUUGGAUGCUGUACUCUUCGAAUGUCGUACCAGUGACGUGGAAACGCUGAGACAUUGCGCCAGUGCCUUGGCCAAUUUGUCACUGUAUGGUGGAGCUGAAAAUCAAGAAGCCAUGAUCCUGCGUAAAGUACCCAUGUGGUUGUUCCCCCUGGCCUUCCACAAUGACGAUAACAUCAAGUAUUAUGCCUGUCUGGCAAUUGCUGUUCUAGUCGCCAACAAGGAAAUCGAAGCUGAGGUCUUGAAAUCCGGUUGUUUGGAUUUGGUUGAGCCGUUCGUUACCUCGCACGACCCCUCAGAGUUUGCCAAGUCGAAUUUGGCCCAUGCCCAUGGUCAAAGCAAACAUUGGCUGCAGCGUUUAGUUCCAGUUUUAAGUUCGAAUCGUGAGGAGGCACGCAGCUUGGCAGCUUUUCAUUUCUGUAUGGAAGCUGGCAUAAAACGUGAACAGGGAAACACCGAGAUUUUCCGGGAAAUUGGCGCCAUUGAAGCCCUCAAAACUGUGGCGAGUUGUCCAAAUGCCAUAGCCUCCAAGUUUGCCGCUCAAGCUUUGCGCCUGAUCGGAGAAACGGUACCCCACAAACUGUCACAACAGGUGCCACUGUGGUCUGUCGAAGAUGUCCAAGAGUGGGUGAAACAAAUUGGUUUUGGUCAAUGUGUUAAGCAGUUUGAGGAAUCCCAGGUGGAUGGUGAUUUACUCUUGAAAUUAACCGACAAGAAUCUGCGCGAUGACAUCGGCAUUAUGAAUGGCAUUCUAUUGAAACGUUUCGAACGUGAAUUACAAAAUCUCAAACGAAUGGCUGAUUACUCGUCCAAGGACACGGCAAAAUUGCAUCAAUUUUUGGCUGAAAUCGGUCCGGAAUAUUGUACCUAUACCUACUCAAUGUUAAAUGCGGGCAUUGACAAGAAUUCUCUGCCCCACCUCAAUGAGGAUAUGCUAAUACAGGAAUGCAACAUCACCAACUCAAUACAUCGCCUAAGGAUUCUGAACGCAGUCAAAAGUUUGGAAAAUACUUUAUCGAGUGCCUCUGAGGACAGUAUGGCCAAGACAUUGGAUGUGUUUGUCAGUUAUAGACGUUCCAAUGGUUCGCAAUUGGCUAGUUUGCUUAAGGUCCAUCUGCAAUUGCGCGGCUUCUCGGUGUUCAUUGAUGUUGAACGUUUGGAGGCUGGCAAAUUCGAUAAUGGUUUGCUAAACAGUAUUCGUCAAGCGAAAAAUUUCGUUUUAGUAUUAACACCAAAUGCCCUCGAACGUUGUGUCGACGAUAAUGAAUGCAAGGAUUGGGUGCAUCGCGAAAUUGUUGCUGCUCUAAAUUCAAAUUGCAAUAUUAUACCAAUUAUUGAUAAUCAAUUCAGUUGGCCCGAGUCGGAGAGACUGCCCGAGGAUAUGCGCAGCGUUUGUCAUUUUAAUGGUGUCACCUGGAUACAUGACUAUCAAGAUGCCUGUAUCGAUAAAUUAGAGAGGUUUAUGCGCGGCGAAAAGAAUAUUGAUCGCAUAGCUGCAAUGACACCGGGCACGCCCAGUUCGACGGUAACAUACCAAAGAAUGCACAGCAACGAUUCCGACUAUAGUGUGGCGGGCAGCAAUGCGGGUGGCAGUAAUUGUGGCGGCAGUGGCGGCAACAGUGGAUCAUCGGUUAAUGGCGGCGGACAAGCAGCUAGUCACCAGGCAAAUAGAUAUCGGCAAUCGGCAUCACCGGCUCGUCAGCGAUUGGGUCCAGGAGGCGGCGGCGGCAGUAUGAUAAGCAGCACAGGCAAACUGGGUAGUACCGGCAGCCAGCUGAGUGUGUUUGGUCGCGGUUCCAAGAGGAAUAUGUUCCCACCCUACAGAACACAACCGACUUCGGCCCAAAAGCCCUUGGUUAUGGGUGGUUCAAUGCAGAAUGUCUCACCAUUGGCCUAUAAACCUCCGCGUCGCAGCUCGGCGGUGGGCAUUUGCAAUGAUUCGGGCGAUUCUAAGCCGCCAGCUACCAACUACCGGAGUCACAGUGUUGAUGGCCUGCUGGAUAGUAGUGAGAGUAGUGAACGUAAAAUAGCUGAAGCAGCAGCUAUAGUCUCAGCGGGCAGCAUGGCAUUGACCAAUGCCAGCUCCACCAGUACUCUUCAGCCCAAUGAAGAUUACUCGGUAUCUACCGAUGAUUUAGUUGAGAAUGAUGUCAGCGCUAAUGUUUCACGACGCGACAAAUCUGCCCAUCUUCCUCCCAUUAAUCCUCAGCAUCGUAAAUCACGCAGUCUCGAUCAUUUUCUGGACGAACAAACUCUUGCAGCAAUUGUAGUGCCACCAUCACCCACCGAUGGUACACAGAGUAUGCAAAAUCUUGCCACACCUCAAACGCCGGAGCCAAUGCGCUCCACAAAUGUAAUAAAUGGAGCAAUUCAUUCGCUGCCCAUGCGUUCUGCCUCGGUGCGGGACUCUAAAUCCCUAACACCGGACCGUGUCACUGCUCUGCGGCAAAGUCCCUCAAAUAGACAGAGUCCCGAAGGCAUUAGCUCGGCAGAGGACGAGCAUGAGGAUAGCCAGAGUGUGAAGAGUUGUCAAUCGACAAAAUCUAGCCCUGCACCACCUGUACCAGUUGCGGCGAAAACAAAUGCCGCCAACAAAAGUCAGACCAGGGCAGCAGCUCAUGUACAUCGAGGUAAUGGGGCAAGUCGUGUACCCAAAACUACAUCCAGCAGUUCAUUAGGUUCAACACCCACGAAAUCGGGCACAACACCAACGGCAGCGGCAGCGGCGGGAGACAACAAUAAAACCAUAUUCAAUCGAACAAUUAAAAAAGUUCGAUCGCUCAUCAAAAAACCUUAAAUUCUUCUAAAGAAAUUUCUUGAAAUUACCUGUUUAUACGGCGCCGUUAAACAUGUUUAGAUGUAACUAGCAAUGUUAAUGAGUGUGUCUAUCGUUUAAUCAUCAAACAUUAGCAUAUGUUCUGUCUCAGAGUAUUCGGAAGUGUAUUUGACUCAAAGUCCUUUGAGUUGCUCGUCCUAUAGUACAAUGUCCAAUACACCCAACAAAGGGAUGAAAGUCUACAGCUCUACAUCUAACAUCAUCGACGAAAAGGAAAAGCAACAUUUUUUCACCACUUGAUGUCUAUAAAGAUAAUUUUUAUUAAAACUGAGAUUUGUUCUCUAAACAAAUGUGUUAAUUUUAAGCUCAAAACAAUACAUGCAAUACAUACUUACAUACACCCCAACACACAUACAUAAUUUACAUUGUAUUUGUACUCUUACGUUUUUUCUAUUUAUUAUUAAAUAAUUAAUUUAUUUAUAAAAAAAAACAAACAAAAAAGCCAAUUGUUACAAUUUUAUCCAUACAAAAACAAAUAUAUAUUUUUUAAUCGAAACUCCCUCCAUUUCUUCCUACCUCCUACUAUUUUUUUUAGUAAUGACACUUUUGCAAAUGAUGAAAUUCCUGAAAUACUCUUUUCUAAAGGCACAUCACCCGCACCAGGACGUAUUUUAUUUUGGUAACACACAGACAUAUUUAUUGAAAAAAUUGAAAAUGAAAAACUACUCCCAAAUAACUAAUACUUCACAUUUUUGUACAAAAAUAUCGAAAAUUGUUAAGAAACAAGAGCUACACACACAUAAAAAAAACAAAAUAUUUUUAUUUUAGAGUAUUAUUAGAGAGUACGAUAACGAUUAAUGAAAUUUUAAUGAAAACGCAACGAGUAUAGACUUAAAUUAUAAUUAAUUAAUAAAUCCGAAAGAUUUUCAUUCGCACAAAACGAA